AUGAACGUCGAGCUCUCCGAUCUUCCCGUGAGAGCACAGCAUCAUGGCAUCGAUGCGGCCAAGGACAUCGUUUUUGGCUCCAUCGCCGGUAUGGUCGGAAAAUGCAUCGAGUACCCUUUCGAUACCGUCAAAGUGCGCCUCCAGUCUCAACCAGAUGGUCUUCCCCUCCGUUAUAGCGGCCCCAUCGACUGUUUCCGUCAGUCCAUUAGCCAAGAAGGCAUACAAGGACUCUACCGUGGCAUCAGCGCUCCCCUCCUCGGUGCCGCGAUUGAAAAUAGCUCUCUCUUCUUCAGCUACCGUCUCACGCAACGCUUGGCUCGAGACUACGUCUACGGCGGCCUGGAGAAGCUUCCAUACACCGCCCUCUUGGUCUGUGGUGCGGCAUCGGGCGCAUUCACCUCCCUCCUUCUCACCCCUGUCGAGCUAGUCAAAUGCAAGAUGCAAGUCCCCAGCGGUCCGCAGGGCAAGACAUUACGCCCGCUAGCUAUCGUUUCGGCUGUCUUUCGAACACAUGGUAUCCUAGGGCUUUGGCGCGGGCAACUAGGCACCUUGAUCCGUGAAACAGGUGGCUCUGCAUCCUGGUUUGGCGGUUAUGAAGGUGUCUCUGCGUUGUUUCGACAUUAUAACCCUCCGCCACAGGAGAAGCUGGGAACUACAGAUGACCAGGUAAAUCUACCAAUAUAUCAGCAGAUGAUCGCCGGAGCGACGGCCGGAGUUCUCUACAAUUUCAUCUUUUACCCUGCAGACACCAUCAAGUCACGGAUCCAGACGGAGGAUAUCACAUCGCACUCAGCUAAAAAUGGUGCAAAGAUGCCCUCUUUCUGGUCUGUCGGGAGAACUGUUUGGAAACAGUAUGGCGUCGCUGGCUUGUAUCGUGGGUGCGGCAUUACCGUCGCUCGAUCUGCACCCAGCUCUGCCUUUAUAUUCGCUAUAUACGAGGCCUUGAAGGAUUAUUUCCAGUAG